GCUGCUCUGUGCAGUUACGAUGCUGCACUGCCACAGUAACCUUCUCCCUCUGUGGUGAUCCAAUAUUCUACCAUAUGUCAGCAAAACUAUUCCAGCCCGGCCCUUUCAACUCUCUCGAAUCUAAGCCAACAGUCAAGCUACUAUGAAGACGUCAGGCGUAUGGAAAUAACAGAUGGGAAAGGCGAGCAGAGAUCAUUACUCUGAACUGUCUGGGAUGUCCCUGGGCAAUGCUAAGCUAACAUUCAGCAGUGUCUACAAGAUGACACACAACAUGUUGAAAGAAUGGAGCGGUGAUUCCCUGGAAGGAUGUGAAAAGCUUUCCAAUCUCGAGGUGAUAUCAGAGCUCUUUCCCAUUGAAACACUUGGAUGCUCUUUCUCCAGCUAUCAGGCUCUCUUUUUUUCCACUCAAGAAAAGAAGAGAAUGCAGGUUCCCACAGAUACUGCAAGCCCCCUCAAGCUUAGGCAGUGGCCCUAACUUAGAUCUCUCUUCCUUCUAGAUCAACACAGCUG